AUUUUCCAGACUUUUAUUAUCAUCACCAAAUCAAAAUUGAAAAACAAAACCAUUUUUAUUCUCAACAAGCCUUCUUCUUCUCACAGUAAUGGCAGAAUCUAAACCAGAACAAAAUGCCUAUCAACCAGUGGAAGAAGUAAAAGCCCCAAAUUUGAUGGAAAGAGCAAAAGAAGAGGUCACAGCAGUUGCUCAUACUGAUAGGUCACCAAAACAUCAUAUAGAAACUCAUGGGACAAGUGAUGAUAUUGAUGAGAACACAAAACCUGAGGAAAUCAAAGGUCCUAGUGUUUUUCAAAGAGCUAAAGAAGAAAUUGAAGCACUAGUUGAAGCAAUUCAUCCAAAGAAAGAAUCAUCAUCAUCUGAUGACCAUUCAAAGAAGGAUGGUGGUGGUUUCUUUGCUUCCAUUGGGAGGAGUUUGGAGAAAGUUUGUUCACCUAAAGGGAAGAAAACAUAAACUGUGAUGUGAGUGUUUGAGGUUUGAUUUUGAGUCCUUGCUUUUGUGGUAUGGCAAUGAAUGUACUAUAUAUACUGUUGAUGAUAACUCUGAUUUGACAUUAUGAGGAUUAUAAAAACUUGAAGUUUCUUAUCUUA